UUGGUCACACUCUGGUACUUAAGGUUGCCACAUCGGUUUAAUAAACAGAAGUGUCGUGUGUGCUUAAUUUAUUUGUUGUGAAAAGAUUUUUUGCGCUUUUAUUGUGCAUAAAACGUAAAAAAUUUGCAUUUAAUUGGAAGCAUGGCAUCAGACGAAGAGAAUGACGAUAAUUUUCAGGAAGAGGAAGAGGCGGUCGAGGAUAAUGCUCAGGUGGCUGAACUCUCCAAUGACUCCGAUGCGCCGUUGAAGCCCAAUUGUGAGCUGCCGCAGAAUGACGAGGAUGAUGAUUAUGAUCCGGAGGAUAAUCGCGGCAAGAAGAAGAAGGGCAAGAAGCGUAAAACAAAGAAGGGCGAGGAGAAGGGACGCAAAAAGAAGAAGCGCAAGAAGAAUGAAAGCGAAGAGGAUAGCGAUUUUGUGCAGCACGACGAGGAGGUGGAGUAUCCAAGUACUUCAUCCAAACGCGGACGCAAGCGCAAAGAAGAGAAGGAAAAGGCGCAAAAGGAGAAGGAAUCUUCAUCUUCAGGCAUGCCUUCUGUGGAGGAUGUGUGCUCGGCGUUCAGUGUGUGCGAUGUGGAAAUCGAGUACAGCGAGGAGGAUCUGCAGAGUCUGACCACGUACAAGGCAUUCAUGCAGCAUGUGCGUCCCAUUUUGCAGAAGGAGAAUCCCAAAAUUGCAGCACCCAAGCUAAUGAUGCUGGUGGCCGCCAAGUGGCGUGAGUUCUGCGAGAGUAAUCCUCAUAUCCAGCAGGAGCAGCAGCAGGCCGGAGGACAGACGCAGCCGUCGGCAGCCGAGCCGGAUGAGCCACGUUCAUCGCGUUCGUCGCGCAACGAGAAACCCGAUGAUAUCUACGAAGAGGAGGAGGAGGAGGAAGAAGAGGAAGAGGAGAAGAAGCCGCGACGCAAACGCAGCGGACGGAGCAGCAACAAAAAGGGACGUCGUCCAUCGGCCAAGGUGCCCACCUUGAAGAUCAAGUUUGGCAAACGCAAACGCGAUAGCUCCGACGAGGAGCAGGAUGCCAGUGGCGCCUCUGAGCGUGAUUCGGAUCUUGAAUUCGAGCGCAUGCUGCAAAAGUCCGAUGACAGUGCCGAUGAGAAGGAUGCCAAGGAUAAGGACAAGGACAAAGACAAGGAGAAGGAGAAACAGCCGACAGAGACUUCGGCGGCAGCAGCUGCUGCUGGCCAGGAUGACGGGGCUCCCGUGGUGCGUAAGAAGGCCAAGACCAAGAUUGGCAACAAGUUCAAGAAGAAGAACAAAAUGAAGAAAACAAAGAACUUUCCCGAAGGCGAAGAUGGCGAGCACGAGCAUCAGGAUUACUGUGAGGUGUGCCAACAAGGUGGCGAGAUCAUUCUCUGUGACACGUGUCCACGUGCCUAUCACUUGGUCUGCCUGGAGCCGGAACUGGAUGAGCCGCCAGAGGGUAAAUGGUCGUGCCCGCAUUGCGAGGCCGAUGGCGGUGCUCCCGAAGAGGAGGACGAUGAUGAGCAUCAGGAGUUCUGUCGUGUGUGCAAGGAUGGCGGCGAGCUGCUCUGCUGCGACUCGUGCCCAUCGGCAUAUCAUACCUUCUGCUUGAAUCCACCGCUGGACACCAUUCCCGACGGCGACUGGCGUUGUCCACGCUGCAGUUGCCCACCGUUGGUUGGAAAGGCCGAGAAGAUCAUCACCUGGCGCUGGGCCGUCCAGCGUCGUGGCAGCAGCGAAGCCUCCACCUCGAAGAGCGCCAAGAUGGGCAACCGUAUCCGUGAAUACUUCAUCAAGUGGCACAACAUGUCCUAUUGGCAUUGCGAGUGGGUCUCCGAGGUGCAACUGGACGUGCAUCAUCCGCUGAUGAUACGCUCGUUCCAGCGCAAAUACGACAUGGAGGAGCCGCCCAAAUUUGAGGAAUCCCUGGACGAGGCGGAUACGCGUUUCAAGCGCAUUCAACGUCACAAGGACAAGGUGGGCAUGAAGGGCAACGACGACGACGACGAGGCUGCCCUCGAGGAGCGCUUCUACAAGAAUGGCGUCAAGCCCGAAUGGUUGAUUGUCCAGCGUGUGAUCAAUCACCGUACCGCACGUGACGGCAGCACCAUGUAUCUGGUGAAAUGGCGCGAGUUGCCCUACGACAAGUCCACCUGGGAGGAGGAGGGCGAUGAUAUGCCCGGACUGCGUCAGGCCAUUGAUUACUAUCAGGAUUUGCGUGCCGUGUGCACCUCGGAGCAGACACGUGCUUCCAGCAGCAAGAAGAGCAAAAAGGGACGCCGAACCAAGAAACUCGAGCUAGAUGAUGAGGAUAGACCGGUGAAGCAUUAUACUCCGCCGCCGGAGAAGCCCACAACGGAUCUGAAGAAGAAGUACGAAGGACAACCCGCAUUCCUCGAUGAUACCGGGAUGCAACUGCAUCCCUAUCAGAUUGAGGGCAUCAAUUGGUUGCGUUACAGCUGGGGCCAAGGCAUCGAUACCAUAUUGGCCGAUGAAAUGGGUCUGGGCAAGACCAUACAGACGGUCACCUUUCUCUAUUCGCUGUACAAGGAGGGACAUUGUCGUGGUCCCUUCCUGGUGGCCGUGCCCCUCUCCACGCUUGUGAACUGGGAGCGUGAGUUUGAGCUCUGGGCUCCCGAUUUCUAUUGCAUCACAUACAUUGGCGACAAGGAUUCGCGUGCCGUGAUCCGUGAGAAUGAGCUGACGUUCGAGGAGGGCGCCAUACGGGGCACAAAGGUGUCUCGGUUGAGGACCACUCAAUAUAAAUUCAAUGUGCUGCUCACCAGCUACGAGCUGAUCUCCAUGGAUGCACCGUGUCUGGGCAGCAUUGAUUGGGCCGUUCUAGUGGUGGAUGAGGCGCAUCGCUUGAAGAGCAAUCAGAGCAAAUUCUUUCGCAUCCUCAACAGCUAUGCCAUUGCCUAUAAGCUCCUUCUAACGGGCACUCCAUUGCAGAACAAUUUGGAGGAACUUUUCCAUUUGCUCAACUUUUUGAGUCGCGACAAAUUCAACGAUCUUCAGGCGUUCCAGGGCGAGUUUGCCGAUGUAUCCAAGGAGGAGCAGGUGAAGCGUUUGCAUGAGAUGCUCGGUCCGCACAUGCUGCGUCGCCUCAAGACGGAUGUGCUCAAGAACAUGCCCUCCAAGUCGGAGUUUAUUGUGCGUGUCGAGUUGUCGGCGAUGCAGAAGAAGUUCUACAAGUUCAUUCUGACCAAGAACUAUGAGGCAUUGAAUUCCAAGAGCGGUGGUGGCUCCUGUUCCCUCAUUAACAUCAUGAUGGAUCUCAAAAAGUGUUGCAAUCAUCCGUAUCUAUUUCCCUCGGCGGCUGAGGAAGCUCCCACCUCCGCCGGAGGCAUCUAUGAGAUCAAUUCGUUGACCAAGGCAGCUGGAAAGCUAGUGCUGCUCUCCAAGAUGUUAAAGCAGUUGAAGUCGCAGAAUCAUCGUGUGCUCAUCUUCUCGCAGAUGACGAAAAUGCUGGACAUCCUGGAGGAUUUCCUCGAGGGAGAGCAGUACAAGUACGAGAGGAUUGAUGGCAGCAUAACGGGUACACUGCGUCAGGAGGCCAUCGAUAGAUUCAAUGCUCCGGGCGCCCAACAGUUUGUCUUUUUGCUCAGCACACGCGCUGGAGGAUUGGGCAUUAAUCUGGCCACCGCCGAUACCGUCAUCAUUUACGACUCGGAUUGGAAUCCCCACAACGAUAUUCAGGCCUUCUCGCGUGCCCAUCGUAUUGGCCAGGCCAACAAGGUGAUGAUCUAUCGCUUUGUCACCCGCAAUUCGGUGGAGGAGCGUGUGACGCAGGUGGCCAAGCGCAAGAUGAUGUUAACCCAUCUUGUGGUGCGUCCCGGCAUGGGAGGCAAGGGAGCCAAUUUCACCAAGCAGGAACUGGAUGAUAUCUUGCGUUUUGGCACUGAGGAUCUCUUCAAGGAGGAUGACAAAGAGGAGGCCAUCCAUUAUGAUGACAAGGCCGUUGCGGAACUUCUCGAUCGCACCAAUCGCGGCAUUGAGGAGAAGGAAUCUUGGGCCAAUGAGUAUUUGUCCUCGUUCAAGGUGGCAUCCUAUGCCACCAAAGAGGAGGAGGAAGAGGAGGAAACGGAGAUCAUAAAGCAAGAUGCUGAAAACUCGGAUCCCGCCUAUUGGGUUAAACUGUUGCGACACCACUACGAACAGCAUCAGGAGGAUGUGGGACGCUCCCUGGGCAAGGGUAAACGUGUGCGCAAACAGGUGAAUUACACAGAUGGCGGCGUCGUGGCAGCGGACACCUCACGGGAUGACUCCAACUGGCAGGACAAUGGCAGCGAAUACAACUCGGAAUAUUCCGGCGGCAGUGAUGAGGAUGCCGGCGAUGAUGACUUUGAUGAACAGAACGGCGAACGCAAGGCCAAGCGACGUCUGGAGCGACGUGAUGAUCGCCCUCUGCCGCCGCUCCUCGCACGUGUUGGUGGCAACAUUGAGGUGCUGGGAUUCAAUGCCCGGCAGAGGAAGAGCUUCCUCAAUGCAAUCAUGCGAUACGGCAUGCCACCACAGGAUGCCUUCAAUUCGCAGUGGCUGGUGCGGGAUUUGCGUGGCAAAUCUGAGCGUAACUUCAAGGCAUAUGUGUCCUUGUUUAUGCGGCAUCUCUGUGAGCCGGGAGCGGACAAUGCCGAGACCUUUGCCGAUGGUGUGCCGCGAGAGGGAUUGUCCCGUCAGCAUGUGUUGACGCGCAUUGGCGUCAUGUCUCUGAUCCGCAAGAAGGUGCAGGAGUUUGAGCACAUCAAUGGCUACUACAGCAUGCCCGAGCUGAUCCUCAAACCGUGUGAGCCAGUGCGUUCAGCUAUCGGCGGCGCCAAACAGGAGCAGGCCUUGGACUCCACCGGCUCCACGACGUCGGCAACGGGCAAACCACCGGCGGAGAGCGCCACCACCAGCAACAGUGCAACACCAGCAACAAGUGCUGCUCCGAGUCCAGCGCCAGCUUCCGAAAAGAGCGAAGAUAAGGCCACUGUGGAUAAGGCAACGCCCGAGAAGCAGGAGCCCAAAUCCGAACCAGAUGCUGCCCAGGACGAAGAUAAAAAGGUGUCGGAUGCAGCUGUCAAGCAGGAGAAGAUGGAGGAGUCUAGCGAUGUCGAGGCCAAGUCCAGCACAGGACUCGAGGCGCAGGCGGUCAAGAGCGAGCCAACCAAACUGGAGCCCAAGGAGGAGGCCAAAGAGCUGGCACAGCCCAAGGAGCUCAAGGAGGAGCCCAAAACCGAACAGAGUGACAACAAGGAGAAGGAAAAGGAAAAGGAGAAAACUAGCAGCGAUGAGAAGACAACAACAACUACACCAACAACUGCAACUACAACUCCAACCACAACUAAUCCAAACACCAGCACAAUCAUCGAUGAUGAUGACGACGAUGUGAUGAUUGUCAAGGAGGAUGGUGAACUGGAGAAGCCCAAUGCCAGCUCGAAUAAUGCCAACUCACCCAAGGAUCAAAAGGGAGCAGCCGGAACAGCUGCAGCUGGAGCUGGAGCGGGUAAACAAGUUGAGGAUAGCCUGGAGGUGUUGAAGCGCAAGUUCAUGUUCAAUAUUGCCGAUGGUGGCUUCACAGAGCUGCACACCUUGUGGCUGAACGAGGAGAAGGCAGCGGUGCCUGGACGGGAAUACGAAAUCUGGCAUCGUCGCCAUGACUAUUGGCUCUUGGCCGGCAUUGUCACACAUGGCUAUGGACGUUGGCAGGAUAUCCAGAAUGACAUACGCUUUGCAAUCAUUAAUGAACCCUUCAAAAUGGAUGUGGGCAAGGGCAAUUUCUUGGAGAUUAAGAAUAAAUUUUUGGCCCGACGUUUCAAGCUGCUCGAACAGGCGCUGGUCAUUGAGGAGCAGCUGCGUCGUGCGGCAUUCUUGAAUCUCGCCCAAGAUCCGAGUCAUCCGGCAAUGUCGCUUAAUGCACGCUUCGCUGAGGUUGAAUGCCUCGCUGAAUCCCAUCAGCAUUUGAGCAAGGAAUCUCUGGCAGGCAAUAAGCCCGCUAAUGCGGUCCUGCACAAGGUGCUCAAUCAGCUGGAGGAGCUGCUCUCCGACAUGAAGAGCGAUGUCUCACGGCUGCCGGCCACUUUGGCCCGUAUUCCGCCAGUGGCGCAACGUCUGCAAAUGUCCGAGCGUUCGAUAUUGUCGCGUCUGGCGGCCACAGCUGGCAAUGCCUCCAAUGCUGCUCAAUUGAUGGCACAAUUCCCCGCUGGCUUCCAGGGCACCACCUUGCCGGCGUUUACGGGCGGACCCGCUGGCAACUUUGCCAACUUUAGGCCACAGUUCUCGGUGCCCGGACAGCUGUCCAACAAUGCCGGCUCCUGAACGCCUAAAUGUCAAUCCUCCUCCUAAGCGCAUUCAAAUUCCAUGGAAAUUAAUUACUCUUCAGCUAAGAAUUUAAUUACGAAUAUUAAAUAACAUACAUACCCAACAAACGCAUGCAUGAUGCAUACAUACAUACAUAUAUAUACUAUAUUUAUCAUAAAAAUAAUCAUUUGCAAUGAAAUUAUUACAAGCAGUUCACAAAUUAAUUACGAGUAUUUGCCGCUUUCAAUUUAAUAACAUAUUGACAAUUAUAUACAUAUAUAAUAAUGUUUAAUUACUUAUUGUGUGAUUUCAUUUUAUAUAGUUACACCUACAAUAUAAAUUCCAAUAACAUUGCAAAAGAACAACAAA